AUGAGAGAAAUUAUACAUCUCCAGAUAGGCGAUUGCGGAAAUGCAAUAGGAAAAGCGCAUUGGUCUAAUAUUUUUUUAGAUUAUCCUUUUAUAUCUGAGGAGUUUAUUUUUGCGUCAAUUACUUAAUACAUUUUUUAUUAUUUUAUAUAAGUCAAUCACCAUCCUUUAUAUAAAAAAUUUAUAUAACCUAAUAUAUAAACGGCAAAAACUCGGCUAACAAUUUUAGCAUAAUUCAAGAAAAAAUCGGCGUAUAUCUUGAAGAAAAAUCCAAUCAAAAUUAUACUGCAAGAAACAUAGCAGUUCAUACAGAAAAUGACUCAUUAAAUCCAUAUUUCAGCCCAGAUGAUUUUGUAAAAAUAGAAUCAGCAGGAAAUAAUUGAGGCAAAGGCUACUACGGGAGCGAGGUUGACGAGUAUAUCAUAGAUCUUGCAAAAUCAAAAACUGAGGCUUGUGAUUCCUUGCAGGGAUUUGAAAUUUCGCAUUCUCUUGGAGGUGGCUCUGCGGUCAAGCAUGAAAUCCGUCCCUAUCUCCCCGCACACCAACCACCCCAGCCGCCUCAAUGCCAAACUACCUAGUCUUGAAAAUUAGAAAUAUAAGAGCUAUUGCAGUAAAGCCCAUACUCUAUAUAGCUUUCUUAAUCGAAAAAAAUGUAAUAGAUAUUUGAAGGACCAAGACAAACUCUCUCGAAGGGACGAGCUAAUUUUGAUACUAGGAAGCGACAUGUCAAAAAAUGGUUGAAAAGUAAACGCGCCAAUUUUUAAAUUGGCUUUAUUAUUAAAUAAAUUUUUAAAUUGAUAAUAAAAGCCACAUAUGAUGUGCAUUAGAGCAUUUAAAUGAAAUUAAAAGCUCGAACCUUAUCAAUCGAGUUGACUUUUUGCGGGAAGGAUAGACUUAUAAAAGCCAAAGUUUGUAUUGAACGUUGAUUGUUCUUUAUAAAGUUCUCAAUGGCUCAUAAUAUAGAUUAUUUUUUAUGGGCACUAAUUAAUGUAAAUAUAAUUUGCAGUCCUUUACUUUUAUAAUGAUUAUGUCUUUAAAGUUAACUUAUUUCUUCUUUGGAUUAGCUCCUAUAGUAAGAUAUUUAUCAGCGCCAGAGAUCUUAAAUUUAAAAUUAAUUUAAUAAUAAAGCUAUUUUAAAAGUUGGCGCGCUUACUUGUCGACUUUGCUCACACUUGUCAACCAUUUUUUGACAUGUCACACUUUUUAACGCUUCCUGGUAUAGACACGUAGUUCGUCCCUUUGAGAGAGCCUGUCUUGGUCCUUAAAUUAUCUAUUACAUUUUGUUUGAUAAAAAAUCUAUAUAAGGGGUGAGCUAUAUUUUCGCUCCCAAGCUAUUAAAACCGAUUUAUAGCAUGCUUACACAUAUAUUUAAUACUUUAUUUCAUAUCCAUACUAUAUACAGAGUUUUUAUUGGUUUACAAAUUUAACUCAUAUUUUUGCAUUAAAUUUAAAUGAGAUAUAUCAUAUUUUAUAUGUAAAAUAAGCUAUAUAAGCUAAUUAAUUUUUUUAAAAUGCAUUAAUUUAGCGAAAUCGAUGCUAGAUAUUAUAUGUGCAUAUGAUACAUAAUUAUACUUGAAUUGAUUUAUUUGUAUAUAGCCAUUUUAAAGCAAAAUAUGACUGUAUUAUACUUAAAAUACAAUAAUUAACGAAAUCCAGCGUAUUUCUCUAUUAACUCUUUUAUUUAUUAAUCUAAACAUUUUUACUAUGUAAAAAUUCUGUAUGUAAUAGGAUAUGAAACAUAGUAUUAAUAUUUAUGUAAACAUAUUAGAAAUCGCUUUUUAAUAUCAUAAAAGUGAUAAUACUGCAAUAUCUCUUAUUUUUCUUAUUAUCAAGAGAUAUGUAGUUUUGUAUUGAGUUGGUUGAGAGGGUGGGCUUCAUACUUGGCCAUCUCUGGAAGCGGACUCACCUCCAGGGUCAUUGAAAUGCUAAAAGACGAGUUCCCUGAAAUUUUAAUCUGCAUGCAUACAAUUUUCCCAUACUCUGGGAUGGGGGACUGCCUUGUUGAGCCAUAUAAUGUCACUCUCUCCUUUCCCUACCUCCACAUGCCAAAAAACGUGAUUUUUGCAAUUCAGAAUGAAAGGUUAUUUAAUUUCAUUUUCCAUCAAAAACAUCGUAUCCCUAGCUUUUAUGCAGAUUUUAACCAUAUAGCAGCAGCUGUUUUAUCAGGGAUCACCUCAAGUUUUCGAUAUUCAGGCACAUUGAACGGAGAUCUGCAAAAAUUGGUAUAGCGCCUUCCUAUAGAUGGCGCGCAAUGCGCCAUCACCGGGGGAGGAAUGGUUCCACGUGUGGAACCCUCUUUUUCCACGAGCUAAAAAGAGGGUUCCACACGUGGAACCAUUCCUCGUGGAGAACCCUCUCCCGACAUGGCCCGGUGAUGGCGCAUCGCGCGCCAUCUAUAAGAAGGCGCUAUAUCAAAUUUAACACCUAUUGAAACUAUGAAUUUUCUGAUACCUGAAUAUACAGAAUUAAGCAGCUUAUGACUGCAUGACACACUUUCCAGGAUUUUUCGAGAUGGAGUUUCAGCCAAUCUCUUGUGUAAUGUCGAUAAAAACCAAAAAUAUAUAGCGGCUGCUUGCAAUUUUAGAGGCUGUGAAGACUAUAAUAAAGAAAUAAACAGCUUUUUUGAUUCUGAUACUAAUGAAAUUAUCAAUAAUAUGCCAAAAAAGAAAAUAAAAUACUCAGUUAUUGAGGCUAAUCCAAACAAUUUUCCAAUGCAAGCUGUUUCUAUUAUAAAUUCCACUGGAUUCAGAAAAACUUUAAUGGGUUAUCUAGAACAAUAUUAUGCCCUGAAGCGAAGAAAUGCAUUUUUACAUCAUUUUUAUGGAGAAGGAGUAGAAGAUGACGAUUUCACUCAAUCUGCCAAUGAAAUGCGUGACCUAAUAGAGACCUAUGAAAACGUGUAUAAUUCUUUAUAA